GCGGCUUCCAAUGAUCGACAGUCCGUGCGCGUUCAAGGCGAGCUCAGUUCUGGUGGAACUUGUGCCGACGAUUGCUCCUACACAACGCUCAAUUCGAGCGUAAUGAAACAUUGAUAUCAUUCACAUAGCUGUCGCGGGUACCAGAUAACAAAGAUGGACCCCUCGGGCCCUUCAAAGGAGCAUGCGCUUGAUGUCAAUCGCGCGUCACACUCGACCAACACCACUACGUCUGCAAUGCCGCAACAAGCACUUGCGCCCAACUCCAACACGCCUGCGUGGUCAGCACAAAUGAACAUGUUUCCCGCGAACGGGCAUGCUGGCGCCGGAUCUAGCUUUCCGCAGUUCUCAGCUUCCACAGCUGCAAUUCUUGAACGGUUGCAGCAGGGCAAGUCUGGACAUGCUUCGACAUCAGCUGCAUUCGAAGCAAAGAAGGCCGAAAUCAUGCAAAACUACGCUACAAGCGAUAAGCUACCAACACCACCGCCAGCACCAACUGUCAGCAAGAGAGGCAGGGGAGGGAAAGCAGGGACGCCAUUGAAAACCGAAGUUGGAGCGUUAUCCUCGGGCGCAACACCCACCUCAGCGAGAGGGUCAGGGAGAGGGAGAGGCAGAGGCGGGCGGGGGAGAGGGAGAGGUGGUAGAGGAGGUCGUGGCGGCAAGAGGAAGCGCUCUGACAGCGCAGACGAGGAGAGUGAUAUUGGCGACGACGACUCCGACGCCUCUGAAGAAUACACACCGCAGCCCACGAGGACCAAGUCCGGGCGAAAUGUCACCAAGCCGGUCGCAUUCGUCCCAGUGAUACCCGAGCCAACACCAGGCGUCAAGCGCAGGAAAUCGACCAAGACUAUGCUAGCUGCCAAAUGCAGAACCUGCCAGCGCGAUACGGAUCCGUCACAGAACAGAAUAGUGUUCUGCGAUUCAUGCAGUACGGCGUAUCACCAGUACUGCCACAACCCACCCAUCAGCAACGAGGUGGUCACGGUAUUGGAGAAGGAGUGGUUAUGUGGGCCUUGUGCGCGAUCGAAGGAGAGAGUGGUGCAAGGGACGGAGAAUCUCGUCGCUGCUGAGAACCUGUCGAUAGACGAGAAACGCGCAUACCUGUCCACCCUCGCGCAAUCGCAGCUCGUUUCGCUCCUUCUUCACGCAACAAUACGACAUCCCGAACUUCCCAUCUUCCCUGCAAAUAUCGCAGACCUCGUCGCGGACCUCAUCCCGGACCCGUCCACCAUGGCCUCUCAACCACAGCCCGCGCCCAGCUCCACCGCGAUACAGACAGCCGCUUCGGCGGUGACUCCCCUCGCACAAACACCGAACACGUCUGCAUCCUCUUCUGAAGCGCAGGUUUUGCGAGAAAUGGGGAUGCGCGCCCAGCCGCGCGUGACUCUAGACAUGGCCGGCAAUCGAUACGAGGAAGAUGAUGGCUACGAUACAGACCCGCCCGCACAUUACCCCAAGGCAGGACAGGGGCUCGCGCGAACGAUGAGACCCGAAAGCGAAGACUUGCAGUGGCUGGUCGACGAUAACUUUGAGGUUUUCAGUCAUGGAUGGAAAGGCGACGGGAGCGGGUCAGGGGCAGAUGGCACGCUGGAGAACAAGGCCUAGGUGGCCGACGCCCUCGUCGAUGAGGUGCAGGAAAGGAAGAGACGCACCGACAAUGACAAGAGAGUCAGGUCCGAAGACAGAAAAGACCCGAAGGACCCCGUCCAGGGUGGAAGUGACGGACUCAGCGACAUGGACUCAGACGAACUGGAAGGGCUCAUUGACUGAGCUCACAUACUAGUGGACAUGUAUCAGUCGGUCUGUGAUGGGUAGAUACACAACAAAUGCCGCAUCUAUGCGAUGACACCCUCGUUCCGCAGCCCCUCGACCUCAUCUUUACUCAUUCCCAACGUCUCGCCCAGAAUUUCAUCAGUGUGUUGCCCUAGCGUGGGCGGUGGCAUCCGGAUCCCUGGCUUGCUAUCACUCCACUUGACC